UCCAGUUUGCUUAGCAUACUAGCUUUGCAAUGCCGUCGACGCUAACCGGGACUGAGCGCAGUCGAUUGCAGUUAUAUUCGCCCAUUGACGCUCGUCGCGUGUGCAUUAAACAGACAAGAUUUCAAUUAGACUUUCGUACUUUUUGUUUUUAGUUCAGUUUUCGUUGUUUUUUCUUCUAUACUAUAGCUGGCGAUGAGCACGCAACUACGGCUGCUGCUUGUGGCCAUCGUGUUAAUGGCAUCCGUUGCUCAGCGUCUGCCGGAGAACUCGUGCGCAAAGUACUUUCAGUAUGUCCAAAAUGGCAUUGGCAGCUUUCAGGGCGAGGUGACUCUUGCCUUGCAAAAUGGCCGCAAUCGCAUCGAUGUGCGGUUCUCGAUGCGCGGCAUUAUAGAUGUAACUGUAAUGGGCGCCUUGCAGCCAUAUCCCGAUGAGGCUACAGCGCGCGCCAGUUUGGGUGCUGCUAAGUUUCGGCUUAGCCUCUGGCCGGAUGUGUCGGGUGUACUGCCCAAGCUAACGAGGUUGGCAUUCAAUGAUUUUACGCUUUGCACAGCCAGCGAAUACGAUCCGCCCACCAGUUUCUUCAAUCGCUUUUACGAGUUCCACAUUAACAAUCUGCAAUCACCGCGUUGGCUCGUUCCCACGCCUGUGGGGCAAACAUUUUCGCAGGGACAGACCGAUGUGGAGAUCAAAACAGUUAUCUUUGAUGGAUCGGAGGACGCAAUAGCUCAUAUUCUGUCCGAUUUUGUCAAUGAACAGCGCUCCACCACAGCUGCUGCUUGGUCACCUUGGCAGACGGCAAUAGUAAGGGGUACUACAAGCUCCGUGGUUCGACAAAGUUGGCCCCCAUCGACAACACCAACAGUACCUAUUGCUUCCCCCGCCCCUUGGCCCUCAGCAACGCCUGCGCCGCCAUUAACUCCAACUGCCAAUUGGUUGAAUCCUAAAGCCGUGUCGUCACCAAGUGCUUCCAAGUCAACAUACGAGUGUGGCCAAGACGAAACGUUAGUACCCUUCAUACUACGAGGUGAAGGAUAUCCGCGUGGCAGGUUCCCUUGGCUGACAGCUGUAUAUUACAAGCAGUCAUUUUCGUUUGACUUUAAGUGCGGCGGCUCGCUGGUCUCGACCAGUGUAGUUAUCACGGCCGCCCACUGUGUCUACAAUGUAAAGGAGGAUCGGGUUAGGGUAGGGGUGGGUCGCUAUGAUUUGCGUGAUGACAAGGAAGAAGGUGCUGAGGCGCGCGACGUAUCACGCAUUAGGGUGCAUCCGGAAUUCUCCAUGCGCGUGCAGCUACAGCCGGAUUCGGAUAUUGCGCUGCUCACAUUAGAAACUCCAGUAAUCUUCAAUGACAUAAUCAGUCCUAUUUGUCUGUGGGAAGCAGCUGAGACCGAAAUUGCAGCCGAAGUCGGCUCCAUUGCCGGCUGGGGAACGGAUGAGAAAGGCAACGAUGUGACACGUUAUCCGCAUGUUGUCGAGGCGAAGAUUGCCAGCGAGGCGGAUUGUGCAAAUAGCUGGAAUGGCCAGAGGGUUCUCGUCCGCACGCUGUGUGCCAGCAACCUAGAUGGUUCUGGUCCAUGUCUUGGUGAUUCUGGUGGUGGCUUGAUGAUUAAACACAACAACCGCUGGCUGCUCCGGGCAGUUGUAUCUCAGGGCAAGCGGAGCCCAACUGAGUUCUGUAAUCACACCGUGUAUGUGCUGUAUUGCGAUCUUGCCAAGCAUAUGAACUGGAUUAGCCAGAACAUAAACUAGAGUCUACCAAAUUGUUUUAGAUAUAUCAUUAUAUAUUAAAAGAGGCUAUGCCAUACAAAAUUCACGCUAGACUCAGGUAAAAAUACGUGCUGGAGGGAGGUUCCCAACAACAAAAAUGCACUAAUUCAAUACAACAUUUUUCCAAUUGAGUGUAAAUUACGUAUUAUGUUAAAUGUUAUGCCGUACGUAGGCUUAAAACGACACAACGACUCUUCAAUGCUCUUAUAUUUUGCAAUUAUUAAUAAUAAUAAAUAAAUAUACAAGUGUGCACUACCUUUUUAUAAAGUCA